GCAUAGUUUUUCCCUCAGAGUGAAACUUCAUGGCUACCAACACCCGUAGCAAUGCCAGCAUUAACAACAGCGAGGAUAGUUCAGAGGCACCAGCUGCAUCAGAAUGUAUUCCAUGGCUCUUUGUGCUCAUCAUUGAAUGUCUGGCUAUAGUCAUCCUCAAUAUCAUCACCAUUAUUGUAUUUGUGAAGCAGCGCCAGCUACAGCGCCGGAGCACGUACUUGAUCAUCCACUUAGCGAUCGUCGAUCUGUUGGUCGGGGGAGUCUCUGGACCGGUAUAUAUCGCAGGGAAGAAGAUAUCAUGUGACCAGUGGAGAUAUCAUUCAGUCAUCUCAGUGACUUUACUGUUUCAGUUUAUCUCAGUAAUGAAUCUCGCAGCUAUUUCACUUGAACGGCUGCACGCCACCUUUCGCCCAAUACAGCACCGUCUUCUCAGCAACUGGCAUUACGGAGUGAUCAUCUUCGUGAUGUGGUUUAUUUCCGUGCUGUUAUCCUCCAUUCCAGUUGUACUACACCAACUGUUCACACGGAGUCUUAAGUUACUGACAUACUAUUACUACAUUUAUUUUUCCAUAGAUAUCUUCUUCAUCCUUGUGAUUUGUGCUUCAUAUAUCUCCAUUUUAGCCAAAGUCCGAUGUAGUCCACGCCCACGUCAUGAUGGAGGAUCUAACCGAGAGCAAAGGCUUACAACAACCUUGCUUAUGAUGACGUUGGCGUCUUUACUGACAUGGCUGCCGGAGUUAGUUUUCUUUUUUAUCAAAAGCACACCUUAUUUUGAAGAUUACAUAAAAAUAUCGGUACAUGCUAAGGCUCGACUUGGGUUUGUCCUGACUACCUUAACAAUAGCUAACUCUUUAGUUAAUCCAAUUUUGUACGCCGCUCGAAUGGCGGAAUUCAGAACAGUUUUAAGUCAACUCUGCAAAGGAACAGAAAACCAGACAGAAAGUCAAGAUAUUCAGUUAAACCUCAGGAUGCCAUAAGAGUUAUUGGAUGGUGGAUAUAGCUCAGCAGGACGCACUGGGAAUCCUCUCAUCAAUUUUGACUGGCCAGUAGUAUACUAGCUACGCCAGAAAUAUGUGACCAAGUUUCUGCGCACGCUCUCCGCUUACCUCUUUUUGGCGAAGUCUUGGAGGGGAUGUCGAUGGCGUAAUGGGUUUCAACAUGGAGCACAGGUUUGAAAAAGCGUGUGAAAAGGCAUGACCAAAAUUUCGAUGUCGCUAUGGGUUCAAACAAACGCCCGACUUAAACAAGGAACCGUGACGCAAACUUUUUUUCAAUCGUUCUUGUCAGUGUUCUGCGCUGUGUUCAAGUGGCAAUAUGAUCAAGGUGCGAUUUACGCUCUAGCUACAAACAAAGGAUAUGUUUUCUCUCUUAUUGACUCUCAUGUCUUAAGAA